AUGCCGCAGAGAUAUCUCACCGUCGGCGACGUGAAAUUAAAACACAGGCGGACGGAGGGGUGCUGUCGGCGGCACAGCAAAACAGUCCUCGCAGGAUUCGAUGCGAGUGGUGUGCCUGUUACUCUGGAUGUUGGUGCCUGUCGCAAGUCUUGCAAUCCGCGGAUGGCUAACAUCGUCAGAGACAAGCGUUCAUCCUGUUCCCAAUCAAGUCCCUGCGAGCCAUCACGAGUUAGCCAAGAGGAAUUCCAUCUCGUAGGCGGACCAGUGAAAUUCGAGGCCAUCGAUGAGUGCAAGUGUCGAAGGAAGUCGGGGUCAUGCGAACGCAUCUCGAAGGUCACUGUUUUCAGGCCGGGAACGCCGUAUGAGACUGAGGUUGACGUGGGGGACUGCAGCGGGCAGUGCCGAAAUGGCAAUGGAUGUAAGCCGCAAAGAAACCGCACAGUGACGGUGCCUGGUCCAAAUGGUGCAGAAUGCAUUGAAGUUAUUGAAGAAUGUGCUUGUGCUUCCGAGUGUUACCGUAUGUCAAAGACAGAAGUGUAUCUCGAGACUGACCGGGACGGUAGAGAGACCACGAGGCGUAUCGAUGUCGGGCUUUGCACGGGAGACUGCGCAGAAGCGGAGACGUACCAGUGUGUCUUCAGGUCCAAGCCCAUAUCGGGAAGAGGGUCUCCUUGUCUGAUGUCCCUGAAGAAACGGGCCACGUCAUGUUUGCCGCUGACUUAUACGACGCACGAGUUCGAGGGCGAUGGGAAGAGAGGGAACAAGACGGUGUUGGCAAUCCGGACGUGCGGAUGUGCAUGAAUCAAAACGAACAUUGGACACUCCUGUAAUUAGGGAACUAUUCUCGAAAUGAGGUUCAAGAGGCUUUUAUUUGGUGUAGAGAGAUUCGUGAAACUCUGGGGUCGAAACUUUAUGCAUACUUCUGUUUCAUCGAGUUGUACUUGGGGUUGAUACUGUAUGCAGACACAAAUACUUCUGCUGGAGGCUUCAUCCUUGUAACGGGAGUUGUAUUUGGGUUGAUGUUGUAUGUACAUACAUGUAUAGUUAUGUUGAAGGUUUCGUCCUUGUAAUACGAGAUAUAUUUGGGGUUGAUAUUAUGGCGCAUACAUCUCUGUUGGCUCCUGCCUAUCAGUUUCCCUUGAAAGUGAAUACGGACAAGAAGUGCUUUGAAAGACUAUUAAGUGAGAAAAUAGAAAGACAAUAGCGAGUUGUGACUUGUAAAUAGGACCUUCUGAAUGAAGUCAACCUAAUAUACUGAUAAACUGAUAUCUUCAUUACUCUCAUGCUCGUACUGAUUAAUUUCAAUGAUGUAGUUGGUCUAGA